AUGACUUCUUUGAAAAAUGUUCAAUCUAAAUCGAGUAAAAGUUGUUAUGUAAUAUUUUGCUGCUGCACCUUUAUUUUCGCUCCGCUUCUAAUCGGUUCCAUCAUUUAUCAAUCGAGUGGCAUCAAAAUUCCAACCAUUUUAAGUUCAAUCAAUGCCACGUUUUCUGUCGAAAAUCUAAUCGAUUCUCCAACAAAGAUCAUUGCCACCAUUCCUCAUAUACCAUUAGAAAGCUUUAUCUGCGAUAAAAUAAAUAUUAGUCGGUUUCCAGUUUCAUCGACAACCCAAACAAAUGAUUCAUUUGAUGUAUAUCGAAAAAAUGUUUUAGAAAAAUAUUGUGAUAUCGUACCGGUUCCGCGAUACAAUUGGUCAUCACCGAAGUCUUACACUGAAAACGAUAUUGCAUUUGUUAUAUUUACGGCUGCUGCAUUUUUUCAUACGCGAACAACAGCAGCACGUGAUACAUGGGUGUCACGUAUAACAAAUUAUUAUUUUCUUAGUGCAACUCCUUAUCCAUAUUUACCAAUAACUGUUGUUCCUGGCGCUGGUGAAGAUAAAUUAUCAAAUAUGAAAAAACUAUUUUAUGGUCUUCAAAUUAUAUAUAAACAACAAAUGAAUCUUUCUCCAGACAAACAACAAAAAUGGUUCUAUAUAGCUGGCUGUGAUACAUUUAUCCUUGCACAUCAUUUACUGAAACGACUUCAUGGUUUGGAUUAUAGACAGCCGAUUCGUGUUGGUGGUCAUUGGGGUCAACAUUAUUGUCCAGGACCCAAUGGGACAAAAUUCCAAGCUGAAUUUCCAUCAGGUGGUGCCGGAUUCUUUUUUAGUAUGAAAUUACUUGAAAUACUACAACCACAUUUAACUAAUUAUGUUGAAAAUGUUUGGCCUCAUAAUUCUGAAAUAUCUGAUGUUGCACUUUCUUGCCUUUCUCAUCAGUUAGGUGUUCCCUUAACUAAACAAGUUGGCUUUUGGGCACAUCCACCAGCAUUUACAUUAGGUGAAAAUGGACGUGAUAAAUUUCAUAAGGAACCUGAACCAAACGAUUUUCAUUAUAUUAAACCUGAUGAAAUGCAUGCACUUGAUGAAUUUUAUAUUUAUCAACAUAUGGAUAGAUUAAUAAAUGAUCGAAAUUGGAGUGAAUUUACGCAAUUUAUGCGACGUUUUGUGGCUAGUCAUUAUGAACUAUUGAGAAAAAAACGACGCGAAUGUACUUUACCAACGAUCGAAGCUGAAGUUAAAUUAAGUAAUAAAUGA